GAUUGGGUGCAAGGAGUUGGUGUUGAUGGAGGAGCAGGAUGCCAGAGUCCCAGCCCUGGAACCAUUCAGAGUGGAGCAGGUUGUCAGAACUCGGGGUGCAGAGGGUGAAGGAGGCAGGCUGCUUCCUGAGUUCUUGGGUUGGGACUGCCCCGUUCCACCAAAUUCAUUCUUACUGUCAGAGUCCAUUCUGGAAUGGCACUGGACCCUUGACUUCAGACCCUGACCUGUCUGAGGACAUCCUGAGCCUGUCUCCAGGCAUAGGGGUUGCUCUGUGAUGAUAUGUCCUCUGUGUGGGUUGAAGGGCCACACCUUCAGGGGGUCUCUCUAUCCUAGGCACCACCUGUAAUCUACUAUGUCCCUGACUUCAUCUCCAAAGAAGAGGAGGAGUAUUUGCUUCGACAGGUGGGCUUCCCCAUCCCCGGGGGAUGGUUCCUGAGCGGCUGCCCCCAUGGCUUCAGCGCUACGUGGACAAAGUAUCUGACCUCAGCCUCUUUGGAGGCCUCCCAGCUAACCAUGUCCUCGUGAACCAGUAUCUGCCUGGGGAGGGCAUCAUGCCCCACGAGGACGGACCACUAUACUACCCGACUGUCAGUACCAUCAGCCUGGGCUCCCACACCGUGCUGGACUUCUACGAGCCACGGCGGCCAGAGGACGAUGACCCUACAGAACAGCCUCGGCCUCCGCCACGGCCCACCACUUCGCUACUGCUGGAACCGCGCAGCCUGCUGGUGCUCCGCGGCCCCGCCUACACGCGCCUCCUCCACGGCAUCGCCGCCGCCCGCGUAGACGCGCUGGACACCGCCUCCCCUCCGCCCAAUGCGGCAGUCUGCCCGUCGGCGCGGCCCGGAGCCUGCCUGGUGCGCGGCACCCGGGUCUCGCUGACCAUCCGCCGCGUGCCCCGCGUGCUGCGCGCCGGCCUCCUGCUGGGCAAGUGACCGCCAGGACCGGGACCCCUCGGAUUCCCGGGUUCCUGCCCCCUUGGGGCUGCUGUGACUCUGCGACCUUGGAACCGUGGGCAGAGGGGGCUCCCCUGGGUAAUUUAUUUUCCCAAUAAUUGUGUGUGAGCUACCGAAGACCCCAUACCAAAUAAACAGAAAAUCUUAA